AUGUCGCAAAACCCUCGCGCGGUCGAGCCGCAGGUGCUCGAACAACCUGCACCAGCCCUGCCGCUCGCCACAGAGUUUUCGGCUGCAGGCGAGGAUUCUGACGAAUACGACGAUAUCGAUCUUCUUAUCCUCCAGCCAAUCGACCUCACAGAAUCGGAGACCCUACCUCACCACCUCGCCCAACGCAACACCACGCCCAUCUCCAUCAAUUCGAGCGAUUCAAGCGAUCGAGGAGGCUAUUCGGAACCUUCUUCACCAAUUGCAAGCGCUAUAAACCGCGACGGCUUUGUUGAGCGGCCCCGUUUAGAACCAGGCGCGAUUUCCAGCCAGUCAGAGUGGGACGGUUGCAGCCAGGGCUCGGCUUCGGAGUGGGGUGGGUUCACCGACCACGACGGGGAUACGUCUGACGAUGAAGACAUUCCCAACCCCCCUAACGGUAUAUCAGCGCCUACUAUUGAGGGCCUACAGAACGCCGUGAACGCCUGGGCAAAGACAAGAGGCCUAGGUUCGGUGAAUCCGCUGGCCUACGUGAAACCGGCACCCGAAAGUGCGGCUGCACCUGGAAGUCAGUUGCCAAGCUUACCCAAGACGGCUGGGUGUUCCGGAAUUCUGACGAGCCUCAACACCAUUAACCAUGGACCUUCUUCUCAUGCUUCCGCCCAUCCUCAACACCGGAAGAUCGCCGCUGAGGUUCUUGAUACCAUCGUCAACGCUUCAAAGCAUCACGGAAUCCGCUCCAGGGAGAUCGGGGCGCUCAUCAGAGACGGCUUCCCCGAUUCCAGCUACAUCAGGAAAGACAUCUACAAUGCGAGGGCGAAGAUCCGGAAGGAAAAGCUUGGUGGUUAUACUCCUGCAGGUGCCCUGAUCAAGUCGUUUGAUGAGAACGGCAUCAAAUACCGUGUCAAGUGGGCUGACGAGGAUGAGACUGAGCUCCUGGCCUUGGUGUUUACUUUCAACGGCUUGAUGGAUAUCACAAAGCAGUACUCAGACGUCAUGCAGAUCGAUCUCACCUACAAUACCAACUGCUUUGGUUAUCCUCUGUACCAAGUGGCAGGGCUCACCGGCGCCAACACCAUCUACAACUCCAUCUUCGGCUUCAUCGACAAUGAGAGAAAGGAAUCGUUCGAUUGGCUUUGCCGGGGGACACAUGAGCUGCGAGCUGAGUUCAGCGUUGAGCCCCCCAUCGUCAUCUUGACCGAUCAUUGCAAAGAGCUUAAGGCCGCCCUCCUGGAGGUAUUCCCCGACUCGCAACAACAGAUCUGCAUCUAUCACGUCAUAAAGAACGUCCUCCUCAAUGCCAAGAAGAAGUUCAAGAGGGUUGAAAGCCCUGAUUUCCUUGACGAAGAGGCUUUUGAAGGUGAUGAGGAUGUUGGUGACGAUGGGGGUAGUGCUGAGGUAGCCGCUAGGCUGAAUGCCGAGGAGGCAACUGCCUUGGCACGGAUCCGCUCCUUAGAUGACCCUGGUGUUACCACUGAGUCUCGCGGCCCCUUUCCCCACGACCACAAUGGUGUUGAGGCUUUGUUUAAAGUCAUGAAGCAAUGGAUGCCUUUGCGGCACCAGUGGGCGCAGUGCUACACCCGAACGUACCGAAACUACGGCGCAAGAGUGACGUCACCAACCGAGUCAAGCAAUCUCAACAUCAAGAGCUACCUCCUCGACGGUAGAAGCGACUGCGUCCGCCUUGUUGAGGGUAUCAAGGAGAUGGCUGACGAACAGCUUGAGCAUCUCCAGCAAGUUCUUGGCCAACAGGGAAUGAGUGUGAGAAAGAAUUGGCUGUCACGGCGGUACCUUGGCUCUCUACCUAACAAGGUGACGUAUAAAGCCUUGGAGUUGAUCAACCGCGAGUAUCGCUUUGCCAGGGCAGCGUUUCCUGGAAAGAAACAAAAGGCACGCCCUUUGCCAGCCUGCAACGAAAACAACUGUACGGCUACGCAGCAAUACGGUAUACCUUGCCGUCACAGCAUUUACAACAUCCUGGCGCAGUCACUCGUCAAACCAGAUGCCAAGAUCCGACUCUGGGACGUACACCAUCACUGGCACCUCAAGAACAGGCUUGGGGACCCCUACCUCCGGAUUCGUGAUCCCAGGGUUGCUACGAAGCGGAAGGGUAGACCGAGAAACGAGCCUGCCGCCGUGCCCCUAGAUAUGGCGAUCAUGUUUGUCAGGGGAGGUGUGGCUUCCACCCCUGCAGCUCCGACGAACUCCAGUACUCCGGCAACCCCCAGAAGGCUCCCCCCCACCGCCAGGGCUUCGAAUCCAUUGUCCCAGGCUCAGCCGACAACCCAGCGACGCAAGAGGACCCAGCCUAGGCCCCCUAAGGGUACUGCGCCGCAUCUGAAGCCCAGUAUACGUCGUAGGCUGUCACAGGUGGAGUUGGUGAAGUCUCCAGAGGUUGAUAGAGGGUUCGAGAGGUUCAAGAUCAAAGCUGCAAAGCGCCCAUCCUUGCUCACGGCGCCGAAGGCAACGAAAAGGGGUAGGGUUUCUGAGGUGGCUCCUGAGGCUGCGCCUCCGCGAAAACAAGCCUCAAAGCGCAACGCAGUGCUUUCUACGACCUCACAGUCAAGCGAACAGGUUCAGGCGGGCUCUGCAGCGCAAACCCAAGCCGUUCAGGACCCGUCUCCCCCCAUGACGAGGACUCGGAGUGGCCGAGCGGUCAAACCAUCGGCUAAAUUACGUGGUGCGGCUCAGGAGGUCUAA